CCAGCAGUCCACACUGCUGCCAUCAUCCGAAAAUCUCCGGCGAUGGCGGCCGCGCUGCUGACCUCCCUCGCGAGCCUCACGGCCAGACUGCUCUCCGCCUCCUCCUCCUCCUCCUUCCGGGCCGGCAAUCCCGCCGCCGCGACGGCAGCCGUCGCCGCGGAGCUCCAAAAUCUCCGAGCAGUCCUCCGCGGCAUCCGCGCCCUCCUGGCCGACGCCGAGGAGCGGGAGACCCGCGAAGAGUCCGUCAUGCUCUGGCUCCUCGAGCUCCGGCAGGUCGCCUUCGACGCCGACGACAUCCUCUCCGACUUCGACCACGCCCUUCUCCGCUCCCCUCCGCCGGACCGCAACUCUCGCAAGCGCAAGCACUGCCAAGACGAACGAACAGAGCAAGAAGAUUAUGCAAUUUCUUUUCCUCCUCAUCCUCCUCCCGUACUCGAUGCGUCGUUCGCGCGAGAUAUCUUGAAGAGGAUAAAGGAGGUGAUGGCAAGGUUCGACGGGAUCAACAGAGACCGCACCGCCCUCCGGUUACGGGAGGAAGACGGCCCCGCGAAACCCGAGACGCACGUCCUGCCGCGGCAGACUACCUCGGCGGCAGCGGACCUCUCGCGAAUCUGCGGCCGAGAGGAAGAGAAGCGCAAAGUUAUCAGCGCGAUGCUCGCCGAUGGCGGCGGCGAAAAAAAAGUUGUUUCUAUAGUCGCCAUGGGCGGCAUGGGUAAGACCACGCUCGCGAAGCUCGUAUACAACGACGGAAGAGUGGAGAAGCAGUUCGGAAUGAGGUGCUGGGUCUGGGUCUCUCAGUCUUGCGACGAGAGAGCACUGUUGAAAGCAAUCAUCGAGAACGCGAGCUGCGGCGGCCGAUGCGAUCUUACGGAGAUGUCUGAUCUUUUAACUACACUGAACCGGCUGAUCGCCCGACAAAGGUUUCUUCUCGUGCUGGACGACGUGUGGGAUGCGGAGCGGAUUGGCCUGACGGCAAUUCUCGAUUCGGUGUUAUCGGCGGGAGCAGACGGCAGUGCAGUACUGAUCACCACGCGGAACGAAGCUGUCGCCGCUGUCGCUGCAGGCGGCGCGCAGCUUAUGAUCAAGCUCGGCGGGCUGUCAACGGGACACAGCUGGGAGUUGUUCUGCCGGUGCGCGUUCGGAGACGGCGGCCGUGAUCCGCCUCCCGAGCUGGCGGCGACGGGCCGAGCCAUCGUCGACAAGUGCAGGGGCGUGCCGCUGGUCGUCGCGGUGGUCGCCGGGAUGUUGUACUUAGAAACCCGAUUGGAUUACUGGGAUGAGGUUCUGAACAACGUCGUGUGGGAUUUCGAAGAGGCUGAGGAGAGUGUUCUCCGUGUUCUCAGGUUGAGCUACAAAAAUCUCCCUGCUCCUCUCAAACCAUGCUUCUCCUACUGUGCUCUCUUCCCCAAAGGCCACCUAUUCGAGAUGGAUUGCCUCGUCCGAAUGUGGGUAGCUCAAGGUUUCAUCCAGGUCGACGAUUUAGCUCUAAUAGAAGAAACGGGGCGCGAAUAUGUCUUCGACCUAAUGCAGAGAUCACUGUUUCAACGAUAUGCAGAACAUAUUGCCGUAGAUGAGUGCUAUUUCACGGUGCACGACCUCAUCCACGACCUCGCAAGAACGAUCCUAGGAACUGAAGCUGUAACUGCCGAACUCGAAGCAUCAACGGACGCGAACUGCACCCGAUUCUGCACUACAAGUAGCAGCUACGUUCGGCAUCUGUCGGCUACUAUCGGAGUUGAAACGAGGCUGAGCCAAUUGACAUUAGAACCAGAUUGCAAGCCCGAUGCCCUGAGGUCAUUCUUGAUAUGGUCGGGGAAUCGGACUAGUUAUGUACCGAAGUUUGGUGCUUAUGAAAUCCUACUUGUCCUAAAUUUCCAAAGAGAUCUGUUUGAGAAACCACAUAUGCAAUACUUGAGAGUACUAGAUUUAAGUAUUUGCAAGAUACCGGAACUCCCCGAAUCGAUUGGUGGCUUAAAGCAUUUGCGGUACCUUGGGCUCGCAUGCACUGAUAUAAAGCGGUUGCCGAGAUCGGUAAGCAAUUUGUGUUAUUUGCAAACACUAGACCUACGAUACUGCGAGCGUCUAGUUGAGCUUCCGAGCGACAUAAGCCGGUUAACGAACUUGCGCCAUCUAGUGCAUGGCGUUAUAUACAAGAUGCUCGAUGGGCCGGUGAUCAGCAUAAGUAAAAUGCCGGCAGGCAUCGGUCGGUUGUCUGCCCUUCAGACACUGCCGCUGUUCUUGGCAAGCAGAGAGAGCGGGUCGGCCGGGGUCGACGAACUAAAGGAAUUGAAUGAUCUUCGAGGAGAACUUGUUAUCGCGGGCCUGCAGUGUAUUCGGGGCAAACGGAUAGGCGAAGCCAAGAAAGCCGAGCUGAAUAAGAAGAAGCACAUCACAUACUUGAUCUUCCGAUGGGACUUGAACUACGACGAUUUCGACAAGAACAAAGAGGGGAGUUCACAAGAGUCGCAAUUUAAGGAUGACGAGGAUGUGCUCGAGAGCCUUCGCCCCCAUAUCAGCAUCAGAACCCUCGAGAUUGAAAGAUAUGCGGGGUCACGAUUUCCUAGCUGGAUGGUUGAUAUUUCAUUUGAAAACUUGGUUCAGGUCAGGUUAGUGGAUUGCAACAAUUGCGCGUACCUCCCGGCACUCGGGCAACUCCCUUCUCUUAGGGAGCUAGAGAUGUUGGGAAUGAACAAGAUCACACGAAUCGGGGAGGAGUUUUUCGGCGAUAAGGGAGUUAUCUUCCCGUCUCUGCAACGUCUACUUAUCAUGGGAAUGCACCGAUGGGAGGAAUGGAGCUUCAGUAGAAAAGAGAGAGAAAUUCUUCCCCGCCUCCACGAACUCAGCAUCUUAGAGUGCAGGAAGAUUACGUCGCUCUCGCUCUACGACUUGGGUAUGCUGAAGAAGCUUCGUGUCAGUUAUUGUGGGAAGCUCGAAAAGAUCGAUGGUUUGGAAAGCUGUUUGGUGGCAAUAGAAGAAAAGGGUAGAACUUCUAACCGUGCAGGUCUGGCCGUAGAAGAGAAGGGUAGAACUACUGAUCAUGCUGAGACCUCGAGAUCAGCGGAGCUUCGAGAAGUUGGGUUGUCAGAAAGGCAGAGAUUGCCCGCUGCUCUCGAGUAUAUCGAUAUCGACGGGUGCCCGUUACUCCCAAAAAUCAGCAUAGAGCCCCACAAAUAGUAGCAGCCGCUACACAAUGAUGUAAAAGUAGCUGGUGAUUUCGCUGACAUGAGGGUUCUGAAUUUGGACCAGACAUAAUCACAUAAGGCGGCUAAUUAAUUACAUGCACAAUCCUUAUGAAAGAUCUACCAGUUCUGAAAGAGUAGCUUAUGUAUGUUUUUUUUUUCAAUUUGGUUUGAUUUGCAGUUAUUUAAAUGUGAAUUAAAUUCUGAUUAGAUUGGGGGUAAGGUUUAAAUUUGAAGUGUAAAGAGAUUUUUAAGGGAGUGCAAAUAGUUAAGCUUAUCUAAUCAGUCGUCUGAGUACUUUUGGUGUUUCUUUUAUUGUGUUUGUGUGUAUCUAAUAUUGGAGUAACAAAGUAAAUGGUAGAUACCAAUGAAAAUUGCUGCAUAU